AUGAUUUACUCAUCGGGAAGAGAAUCCUACUUCAACUUGAACUCCACGUGGUACGACCCGUCGGGCUCGUGGCUGGACACGCGGCGCACGCCCUUCCGCUACGGCUACUCCAACUGCUGCUCCCCGGGCUGCCAGGGCGAGGGCGUCGAGGGCAUGAGGGGCCACGACUACCGACACUACGGCUACCGCCAGCCCCGCUGCGCCGAGCGCUGCCACGGCUCCUCGGGCUCCUCGGGUUCUUGCCACGGUUGUGUCAGGAGACCGACGUACAGCUACGGGGGUUCGGGGGGGUGCCAGGGUUACGGGAGGUCUGUGUGUGCUGAGAGGUGCCACGGCUCGUCGGGUUCGUGUCAUGGAGGGGGGUCCAGUUGUGUCAGGAGGCCCACGGUGUCCUACGGGGGUUCAGGGGGGUGUCAGGGCUACGGGAGGUCCGUGUGUGCCGAGAGGUGCCACGGGGCGGUGGCCCAGGGUGGGAAGCCGUGCUGUGGGAAGCCCGUGCAGAGCAUCCCAGUUCAGAUCUGUCCCCAACCAGUUCAGAGCUGUCCCCCACCAGUGCAGUGCUGUCCCCAACCAGUGCAGAGCAUCCCAGUUCAGAGCUGUCCCCCACCAGUGCAGUGCUGUCCCCAGCCAGUGCAGAGCAUCCCAGUUCAGAGCUGUCCCCCACCAGUUCAGAGCUGUCCCUGUCCCUGUCCCCCUCCGGUCCAGCAGAGCUGUGUCCCCGUAGCCAAGGGCAUCCCCAACCAGCAGCAGAAGCAGAUCUGCAAAGUUCCAGCCCGGAAGAUCAAAUAA